AAGGUGCAACUCCUUCUGUGCUCCAGAGUGAAGACUGAUAACGUGUAAAUAGCGUUAGAAGGCACGAUAUUUAAGUUAACGUUCAUGAUGAUCAACUUGCUGUUCAGAAGAUUGUGACCUGGAAAACUUUUACAACUGUAUAUUAGUGGCCAACCUAAGAAUGUUGAGUUGUGUUGAUCAGAAAAGGACACCGCCUCUUCAACAUGUCCUUCAGAAAAUCCUACAAACUCUUCUGUUUUGUUCUUUUGUUUCUGCCCAACAACAUGAUGGUUCCGCAAGUGGCCUUGACUUAAAAAAAUCUGAGAUUUUCAAAAUUGGUGCAGUACUCAGUAUCGGUGAUAAUACUACUUACUUUAAUCAAGUGGUCGAAAAUAUUUCACACGAACGUAUUUUGCCAAAAGGAUAUACUUUGAAUGCCACAACUGUACCCACGAAUCCUAACCCGAUUCGUACAGCCCAAAAAGUAUGUGCAGUUUUGAUAAAUGCGACGGUAUACGCUGUGAUCAUAAGUCAUCCAAACUCGGGGGAACUGUCUCCGGCUGCCGUAUCUUAUACCUGUGGAUUCUAUAACAUUCCUGUUAUUGGUAUUAGUUCCAGGGAUAGUUCACUGUCUGACAAGGUCAGCUUCUAG